AAUCACGUCAGUACUCUUUUACAAUUUGUGUCGGCUAUUUGUGUGCUUGCGGAGAAACCAUACAGGAGUGUAUUCAUUUGUAUGUUAAGUGUGCGUUUUAAGCAAAAACUAGUAACAAGACAGUGAUUCUUGAAAUACUGUGAUUAUUUGUUGUGUAAAAUCAAACAAAAGAAUUUUUCAUUUUUCCCCCGAAGGAUGUCCCAGAAGAAAAAUGUUGGUGCUAGCUGAAGCAUCUUCAAAUUUUUGAUGCCAUCUUUUUCAAACUAACGCCAAAGCAAUGGAGGAAAAGUUGUACGUGUUAAAAUUAGGAACUGUUCUGAACAAAUAUUCAGUAUAAAUGAACAAAGAGUGUGAAGUGACUGCAACGCAAAGAAAAGAUCCUGUUCAUGAUGUGGUGGAUGUUUCGGAAGCUUCUUUUGUAUGCACGCGUGUCCUGUGGAGAAAUUGCUCUUCCUGUGUACGUCCACAGCCUCGCAGCCUGCUCUCUUCGCCGUAAAUCUACUUUCACUCUGUGCGACCGAAACUUUCAUCGCCAUAGCAGCGGCAGAAGAGACUAUCGCGCGCGCCACAUCCAAUCAGAGGAGGCUUUGGGCUCAUGCUGGGCUGCUGCUGCUGCUGCUGCGGAAAGGAUUCAUGAUGUGAUUUACAGAUUUCGAUUAAACGAUUGCCUGUGUGUGGUUUGAGAUGUUUUGUACCGAAGUUUGAGUUUUGAAGUGAUUCAAUCGUUAAUAGACAGCUCCAAUGCUUGAUUGACAAGGGCAUCUAAUCACAUAAGUAGGAUUUUCUCCUCGAAAGAAGUUGAAGGACAUUGAAGAUCAUCCUGACGACACAGAAAUACAUUUUAUAAGAGCAAAACAUGGACCAAAGAGUCAUUUUUCAGAUACCAGGAAAUUUGUCUUCUUAUUUGGAGCAAAAACCACAGUAGUGGAUAAGGCCUAAAGUCUUGUCUUGUUUUUAUUGGACGCCACUAAUUGUCUGUGUUGGAAUGUAAGGAUUAUGAAACGGUCAUUUUGAAUUGUUUGCGGUUGUUUUGUCAAUUGGGAAUUAAAGGUUAAAUGUAUUUUCUGGCAGCACUGCCGAUCGACAAUUUCUUUGAUCAAGUAUGUGUGCGAAUAAAGCGGCACUAGCGCAUGAAACUCGAUACGAGCCGGACGUGUUCUUUACUUUGUCUCCUUUGGCGAUCGAAGACGACACAACAAAACACAACGUAGGGCGUAGAGGCGUCAAGGGGGAAAGGAACCAACAAACCAUGUACCAGAACGCAACAUUGGUGCCGUGACCAGGAUGGUCUAGUAUUUGCGGUUUGGUUUGACUGGUUAAAGUGAAGAGCUUUGUGUGAUUUCUUUUGGCAAAAAUCGCGUAACGCGUGUGAAAUCUGAAAGUUCCGUAUCGAGCGUUGGUGGAUUUCUGAAUAAGAAAAAAUCGCGAAAGCGUGAGAAAUCAUUGUGCUAGUGGGUGUUCUUUGCGUGUGUAUGCAUUUUGUGUCGCGUAUUAGAAAUGUCGGUUAGUGAAGAUUUUGCCGGUUUCUCUGACGCGUCGGGUUCGAACAAUACAAUGCAAUACACACAAGCAGAAGAUCUGGAUAUGAUUAUCCUAAAGCGCGAGCGCGACCGAGUCGUGCAAUCGUUGACAAGAAUCGACACGUUUUUGGCGCAGUACAAAGAGAGUGAUUUCCCAGAAUUGACGCCUCGUCUCGAUCUAUUGAACGAGCGUUGGAGGGAGUUUCAGGCUUUGGCUCGAAAUAUUGGCGCAAAAGAUUACAGUGAAGAUAACGAUGUGCUUUAUGGUGAGAUCGAAGACAAAGUCAUGCUGUUGAAAGGAAAAUUAUUGGGAAAGCUGCGGGCUGGAGCGGAGAUACCGAGUGUGAAACAGGAGCGCGUGUGCGAUGAUUAUAAUAGUGUUCGUUUGCCUCAGUUGACGCUUCCUCAAUUUUCCGGAAAAUAUGACGAAUGGCUCCCGUAUCACGACAUGUUUGUUGUUACUGUUCAUGAGAACGAGAAAUUGUCGCAGGUUGAAAAGAUGCUUUAUUUGAAGGGUUCUCUGAAAGGUGAAGCGCUGAAGGUGGUGGAUACUUUGCAAGCCUGCAAUUCGAAUUAUAACGUAGCUUGGGAUGCUUUGAAAAAGCGAUAUUCUAACGAAUAUAUUUUGAAAAAGCGUCAUGUUAACGCGAUGCUACAAUGGCCACGGAUGAAAGUCAUGAACACGGUGGGUAUUCAUGGGCUUAUCGAUUGUUUCGAAAGGAACUUAAAAAUUCUAAAGCAGUUAGGUGAAGUGACCGAACAGUGGGGAUGUUUGAUUAUUCAGAUAAUCAUUUCAAAGUUGGACGAAAGCACCCAACAAAAGUGGGAAAGGCACGUUGAAGAAAGUGAGCAAAAAACGGUGACGGAUUUGUUAAACUUUUUGCGCACACAGACGCGCAUAAUGGACGCGUUUGCAGUGGAUAGGCCAAUGGCGGCGGGCAAAUCUACAAGUGAACGUCGUGUUGCGUCUAAUGUGGCUGCAGAAGCAAAGUGCGCAAAAUGUGAUGGAUCGCACAUGGUGGAAAAUUGUGACUCGUUUCGGAGUUUAACGUUGCCGCAUCGUCGUGAAGUGGUUGAAGCUAAGAAGCUUUGUCUUAAUUGUUUGAGGCAAGGGCAUUUUCAAGCCAAGUGUUGGUCACGUGCACGAUGCAAUAUUUGCAAUCGUAAACAUCAUUCCCUUCUACACGGUGAAAAUGUAAGUGAAACGAUCGGUCCGUCGGUUCGUGAAGAACUUCCAUCUACCAGUGGCACGCAAAAUGUGGUGGUGAACGCGUCAUCGAACAGAGAGUGCACUUCUGUGUUAUUAUCAACGGCGAUAGUGAGUGUGCGAGCGUGUGGUAACAAAUGGUUGUCGGCAAGAGCAUUGAUCGAUAGUGGGUCUCAGGUGAACCUGAUGACAAAGGGCUUGGCUGCGCGGCUUAAGUUACCGCAAUACGAAAGUAAAACGGCAUUAUCGGGAGUUGGACAUUCGAAAGUGGACAUAACGACGUCGGUAACGACUGUCAUACGUUCCAAAAGUUGUAACUAUCAAGAACGUAUGCAGUUUCUAGUGUUGCCGAGAAUUUCUAGCUACAGGCCGGUAACUGGAAAUCAAAUUAGCAGGCAGAAUCUCCCGAUGAAUUUUGUGCUCGCGGAUCCUAAUUUCGAUAGUGAUGCGGAAGUGGAUUUAUUGUUGGGCUCCGAAUUUUACGCGACUUUUUUGAAACCGGACAACCGUGGUAAAAUUAGGCUCGAGCUACCAGCGCUCCCAACAUUUAUUAGCACUGUUUUUGGAUGGGUUGCAACUGGGAAAGUUCCGCUGGCUUCUGAAGGCAGCAAUUAUGUUACUUGUGGCACGUGUACUAGGUUGGACGAUUUAAUUGAGCGUUUUUGGAUUAUUGAAGAAAUACGUGAGCCGCUUCAACAUAGUCAGGAAGAAAGGGAUUGCGAAGCACAUUUUGUGCAAACUCAUCAGCGGGAUAGUGAAGGGAGAUAUAUAGUGAAGCUGCCAUUUAAGUGUGACUUACAGAACCAAUUGGGACCGUCCAGUGCGAUAGCGAGAAAACGGUUCUUGCAGUUAGAACGACGUUUCAAUCGGGACCCAUGGUUGAAACAAAAGUAUACGGCGGUUAUCAACGACUACAUCGACAAAGGGAUUUUAGUCAAGGUGGCUGCGAACCCUGAUUCUGAAGAAGCUCAUGGUCAUUAUUUCUUACCGCAUCAUCCGGUAAUCAAGGCGUCCAGUACCAGUACAAAGGUACGACCUGUAUUUGAUGGAUCGGCCUCUACCGACGGUGGUAAGUCUCUUAAUGAUUUGUUAAUGACUGGUCCUGUGAUUCAGGAGAACUUGUUGGCGUUGUUGCUGAAAUUUCGGAUGAGGAGCGUGGCAUUAGUGGCAGACAUAAAACAGAUGUAUCUGCAAGUCAAGGUGCAUCCCGACGACACUCGUUUUCAACGUGUAUUAUGGCGAGGCUCAUCUGUUGAGUCCAUCGAAGUCUACGAGUUGCAGCGGGUCACAUUUGGACUUGCACCGUCCUCCUUUCUGGCCAUUCGAGUACUGCAGCAAUUGGCAAUUGAUGAAGGGGAAAACUUUCCCUUGGCGAGACAGGCGUUGUUAGAGGACUUCUAUGUCGAUGACUACAUUGGUGGUGCCUCUAGCGAAGAAGAAGCAGUUAGGUUGCAAGCUGAGCUGACGCUAUUGUUGAGAAAGGGCGGAUUUCAUCUAACUAAAUGGAAUUCUAACAAACCAGAUGUUUUAUCUAGCGUUUCAGCGGAAGACAGAGCAACAUCCAACGUUAAAAUGUUUGAAGUUCCAGAGGAGCCAAUAAAAACUCUAGGUAUCGCGUGGCUACCAGAAUCGGACCAACUGUACAUAGACUCGAACAUUCAGAUGAACAACGAAAGCUGGUCCCGUAGAAAGGUUUAUUCUUUGGUAGCACGUAUAUACGACCCUUUGGGGCUGGUGGCUCCUGUGACAUCUUGGGCCAAGAUAAAUAUGCAAUCGUUGUGGUUGGCAACUGAUGACUGGGAUGAAGAAAUACCGGCUGUCAUGCAAGAACGAUGGUAUGCUUUUCAAUCACAACUCGGGUUGCUGAAGGAGGUUAAGUUUUCGCGCCAUGCUGUUGUGCAUAAUCCUGUUGCUGUUCAACUACAUUGCUUUUCGGAUGCAUCUGAAGCGGCUUAUGGGGCAUGCGUGUAUGUUAGAACGAUUGGUAGCAGCGGGGAAAUGGUAGUUGAGUUGCUUGCUGCAAAGUCUCGUCCUGCGCCGUUGAAAAGAGUCAGUUUGGCCCGGUUAGAACUUUGUGGAGCAUUACUGGCAGCAAGGUUGCAGAAAGUGGUACGCCAAGCGUUAAGAAUUCCAGACGUGGAAACCUUUAUGUGGACUGAUGCGACAAUCGUGUUGCAUUGGAUUCGAGCACCAUCCCAUUCUUGGGCUACGUACGUAGCGAAUAGGGUAUCCGAAAUUCAGGAAUUGACGCAUGGCUACAAAUGGAUGCACGUGAAGGGCGUUGACAAUCCUGCCGAUAUUGUAUCGCGUGGAGCUAUGCCGAACGAGCUGUUAGCAUCGAAGCUGUGGUUCCAUGGUCCCGGGUGGUUACAACUAUCAGAGGAAGAAUGGAAGAAGAAUGCCAGCGGUGUGUUGGCAAUUCCCGAAGAGGAGUUAUUGGAACGAAGGAAGAGCUCAUUGGUGGCCGCAGUAAGUAGCGAGAGCGAUGAUUGGUGUGAUAGGUUUUCCAACUAUGACAAAUUACUGCGGAUCACUGCGUAUUGUAUGAGAUUUAUUCGUUGUUGCCAACGAAAGCUGGAUCCUAAACACAAAGGUGUUUUGUUGGUGAGCGAGCUAGCAGAGGCGAAAAUUCGACUGGUGAAAAGAGAACAACGGAUAUACUUUGCGGCUGAGAUCAAGGAGUUGUCUGCUGGACAAACGGUACGUCCCAAAUCAUCACUGAAGACAUUAGGAGCUUUUUUGGACGGUGAUGGUUUGCUCCGAGUUGGUGGCCGCUUGCAUCGCGCUAAAGCCAUGCAAGUUUGUAGCAGAUUUCCGUUGGCGCUACCCAAGAAGUCACGAUUUACUAUGCUAAUGGCAGAAUAUUAUCAUCGAUUGGCACUUCAUGGUGGGCCAACUGCAACAUUGAGCGCACUCAGGAGAGAAUUUUGGCCAAUUCAAGGACGAUCUUUGGUCAAUAGUGUUUGCAGAGGCUGUCUGGUAUGCUUCAGGAUGAAUCCCGUGUUAGUUCAACAACCACCAGGACAGCUACCCGUGUCGCGUGCUAUGCCAGCUCGACCAUUUUCGAUCGUAGGGGUUGAUUUCUGUGGACCCAUUUACUUGAAGCCGGUGCAUCGCCGAGCAGCAGCGGAAAAAGCAUAUAUUUCAAUCUUUGUGUGUUUUUCAGUAAAGGCUGUUCACAUCGAGCUUGUGGAGUCUCUAUCAACUCAUGCAUUUCUAGCGGCGUUUCGUCGGUUUGUGGCAAGACGGGGUUUGCCCAGCGAGGUCUAUUCCGACAACGGUCUCAACUUCCAAGGAGCGAGUAAGGUGAUCGAUGACUUCUAUACGUUGAUGAACAGCGAUUCGGCGGUGGAAGAUAUAUCGAGGUAUGCUGUUGGCGCUGGCGUUAAGUGGCACUUCAUCCCACCCCAUGCACCGAACUUUGGCGGCCUUUGGGAGGCAGCGGUAAAAGCGGCAAAACGCGUCCUACUGAAGGUUGUUGGUGAUCGGCAGCUGGCGUUUGGGGAGAUGUCGACGGUACUGGCACAAGUGGAAGCUCAACUCAACAGCAGACCGCUUACACCGUUGUCGGAGGAUCCGGAAGAACUUGAUGUAUUGACGCCGGGGCAUUUUCUAAUCGGUGCUCCUAUGAACGCUCUACCGGAGCCUGACGUGGGUGAUGUACCAAUCAAUAGAUUGAAACGGUAUGAGGAAUUGCGUAGAGUGGUACAGAAUCAUUGGGCGCGUUGGCGUAGGGAAUAUUUUAGCGAACUACAUAACGAACAUCAACGCGGCAAGGCAGUAGUAGAGCUAAAGGUAGGACAAAUGGUCCUGUUGAAAGAGGAUGGGAAGACUCCUCACCAUUGGCCAAUGGGACGGAUUGCUGAGGUAUUUCCUGGCCCAGAUGGCGUAGUGAGAGUCGUUAGUAUCAGGACUAGGAAUGGCUUGUAUAAGAGGCCAGCGAAUAGGAUUAGUCUUCUUCCGUUUGAGAGAGUGAAUUAGAUAUCAUAAAGGCAUUUUGUGAAGUAACGGCAAGAAGUAAAUU